UCGAAUACGUUAUUUUGUUUUUGUUUCGUUCCUUGUUAGCACCACGAUGCAAGAGGUGAAAAAAUCUCAACGGAGCCCUGUGCGCCGACUUCAGAAAGAACUAUGGCAACAUCCGACUGAAAAGUCUUGCCAGAGGAAAUUCCACAAAGGGUGGUAGGAUUUGAAGCCAGCACCUCGGAGUCUUUGUAGCGUGACCUUGCAGCUAUACAUACUGCCAAUUACGCGACUGCAACGAGCCAGAACCCGCGCGUCGUCAGCGUUCUUCGACACCUCAACAGAAGGCGCGCGCAAAAUUUUCCUUCCACCGACUGCCGCCUGUGGGCAGCACCAUCUAGUUGUGUUUCUUGAAGCGCUCAUCCCAAUGUUCCCGUCCACUCCUCCGCUACCCCCUCCCUCCUGAGAAACCUUUUUCCGUUUGAAACGGUUCUCGUGCUAGAAGGGCACAUCACGUGCUACUCACGCCAAAGUUAUUUCGUUUGUUUGGUCGACAACAAUGAGGAGCGUAAUCUGUGCCUGAUGGAUUACUUCUGCUUCAGAACUUGACAGGCGGUAUCCCACCCUAACCAGGAACUGAAACCGAGUGAAAGAAUGACAACGGGAACAGCGUGAAGUUCACUCCCUCGUCGUGUCGCCGUCAUCGAUGACCUUCCUAACCGAGUUUCCAUUUCCUGCGACUGCCCUCGGCAACAGAUGAUUCGACAAGAAGCAUCGACAUCAUCCUUUCGGUUUUCCAUCGUUGCACUUCAUUUGACAGAGUUCGUGUUUUGCUGUGGUAGCUAGCGCCUCCCAGCGGUGAUUUUGAGCGACACAUGUCUCGCACUUCUGCGAGGAGUUCGACUCUCACUUUUUCGUUGGUGUCGUUUUAUUUGCGCGUUAGGAAGGGGUGAACGCUUUCUUUGUCGUCUGCUUUCUGUGCGCCUUGCAGAUGGGCUUGACGAAAAGAAAAAACAGCAACGCCGAAGUUGUUCUCGUUCCCGACAUCAAUCUUUCGCGCGUGGGGGGCUUAGCCAAGAAGUAACUGGGUUAGCAAAUACUUUACAUCUUACGUUAUCAGUUUGCUGUGACGUAUUCUUUGUGAAAAUAUAUAGCAUCGGUGAGGUGGCUUCUUGGAUCCUAUCAGGUCGGCUUUUGCUAGUGUUGGCCAAGGUCUUGUUCGUAGUAUCAUUCGGAUCCGUGCAGGAAUGUCUCGCAAAUAGAAAUUUCAUAGGGGUAGAUAGACAUGGCAUUGAAUCCAAUGAAAUUGAAACAUUUUGCGAGUCUUCGUUCCUUACUAAGGCCAAAUUUAGAUCAAUUUCGGCCUAAAUAGGGCUUUGUUCUUGAAACUCUUUCCUUUGCAUGUCACGUGACCUGAAAGGUAUCGUCCUCGGAAAGUCGUGUUAGCCCUUGAAAUCCACCUGCACAGGAAGGUUGCCGUCAGAUACAGCUAAUUUACGGGCACCUUCCGAGGUAGUUAUAUUCAGAUUAAAUUAACUGAAUUGCGGGCGUUAUCGGCGGAGUUCCUUCCUCCAUCACAGUCUGCCAAACUCUCCGCUAAAUUAAAGCAUCUUUUUGGCUCGGUAGGAACUGUUGGUGAUAAAUCUGCUCGCAAACCCCAUAUUGAAGUGUUCAAUCACAGUCCGACGCGCCAUUGCCAUACUCAUAUGGUUUCUGUUUACACGGAACAUCGAACCAAUCUCGUACAACAAAACAGAGAAAGGAAACAAAUUUUUCGACAGUAAGCGAGAGAACAUUCCUCGAUCCCUUUCACUAAGUUCCACGAACUCCGAGUUCAUCUGAGCAACCGCCUACUCUCUUUUGAUAUCUCCCCUUCUGACUUGACCAAAGCGUACGGUGAGAUCCGAAGCAUCUGUUAGAGCAAACUCUGACGGAUAGUUAACGAAACACGUCCAUUGAUUUUAUUGAUUGAACGAAGACUGAGUAGAGACGUGCCGUUUUUCCGGACUUUAUCGGUUACUUCUUUCUUGUGCCUCGGCGGUCUUGUAAUGCCCUUUAAUGGAUGACGACCUUGCCAUUAACCCCUUUUUAGCAUUGGUCGAUAGCUUUAGACCCUGCGUUCUUCUGCUAGCGAAGAACAGCCUGAGCAAUGUACAACAGCGUUUGUCUUCCUUUUCAGUGUUCAUGUUCCUUUAACUAGGAGUUAGGCUUCUAUUGUCUUGGCUAUUGCCUUGGCUGUGGUACCUCGUCCGUCGAAGUAAGUUGUCCGGCAAGGAGUCAAAAAUGUGCUCGGCGUUGGUUGCGUCAACUAAUUAUAUAGACUGCAAGGAAUGAGCUUCGAUUGUCACGCUGAGUGAUAACGGCCGGAAGCUGCUGAUUAGACGGACCAUUCACCGUCGCCAUACAACGAGUAUGUUAUCAACUUACCUCCAACAAAUGACUCUGGCAAUGAAGAUGCGUGGAUUCAUUUUUUAGAAAACUACGAUUCUGCGAUUUUGGACAACUAGAGGUACUUCAAGAAGCGCUCCUUCACCGUUAGAGAUGCAGCGUUCGAACCUUGCCCAAAUGCACAUAAUGUUGGAUCUUCUGGUUGAAUGCCAGGUGAAUGUCACUUGACCCUGCUGCGAAGUUCCUUUUGUUUUAUAACGUCCUAUAGUCAAGUAAUAUUGUAAUGUUUUUGAGGAGUGGACCGUGGAUGUCCAAGUGGACGUGAACGUCAUUGUCUUCGUCACCAAUAGGACAAGACAGACGGUACCACGCAGGGCUUCAGGACCUUGUGAUAUCGUGAUCGUGCGCGUUGGUUGCCACGGAAUGUGCAAUCAGUGAUUGACUACUUGAUGACAAUUCACACACUCAGUGAUUGUGCCAUACGUGAAGUGCAAUUACGGUGAUUGUGAAAACUGGAGAACAUGGGAUCUGUGGCAUCUGUAGCACACUGUGCUACAAGGAUGUUGCAUCUGUUGCAGAAGGCUUGGGGAGGAAAAGAGAAAGCCAUUGAUGACCUGGAGAUGACGGUUGUCCGGUGCAAACCGGAAACUAUUGGCGCCCUCUGUAAGUCCACACAGUUCACCAAAGACGAGAUUAAGAGAAUCUAUCAGGGAUUCAAACAGUCUUGUCCUACCGGGUUAGUCAACGAGAACACAUUCAAGGAUAUGUACUGCCAAUUCUUCCCACUUGCUGACACAGCCCAGUACGCUCACUAUGUCUUCAGAGCUCUCGACACAGACAGGUCAGGAACCAUCAACUUUAAGGAUUUCGUCAUGGGCCUGUCGGUGCUGUCCCGUGGAUCCCCUCAGGAGAAGCUUCAAUGGGCAUUUAAUCUGUACGACAUCAACAAAGAUGGCGCAGUGACCAAGGAGGAGAUGUUUGAGAUCAUUUCGUCCGUGUACAGCCUCCUCGGACACUACGCGGCCCCCUUGGUCGUUGACCACUCUGCCAGGGAACAUGCCGCAAGGGUCUUCCAGAAACUGGAUCUCAACAACGACGGAAUAGUUACUUAUGAUGAAUUCAUCGAAGCUUGCUUGCUGGACGAGGACAUUUUGAAAUCCUUGACCGUUUUGGACACGGUGCUCGACUGAAGAAUGUUUCUUUUAAAUUUUUUCUCGUUGUUCCUGCCCGCACUUUUCAAUUUUAUCCCGCUAGUUUGAGGAACCUCUAGAAGAUAGACUGUUCCACUGUUCCUCGGCAAUAAAAUAGGUUCUGGUAAGAAACUUUUCAACUCGGCGAGUGUCGCCCAAGAUGAUAUCGCACAAACCAAUAUUAUGUGUGGGGAGAAGGGGAAAGGUCCUCUCCUUCUCUUCUUUCUUCCAUGUCUGCAGAAAAAUCCCCGUUAAACGUCUCGAUGGCUUAUUUGACAGUAUGCUCAAAAGCGGCGUAAAGAAUCAAGAAAGUUGCGCUUGAACUUGCGCUAGAGAGCAUCAUUUACGGCGUCUGCCAAUCGGUAAGACUGCAGGUAGUGGAAAGAUUAAUACCUCGAAAAAGGAAAUAUACUUGAAAACGUUUUGUGUGGCAGAAGAGUGGUUUUCAUCCGCUGCGGAAACAUGUCAUUAUUUUCAUCACCUGUCUUUGCUGCGCGGCGGCAGCGGCGGCUCAAGUGUUUGCGAAUUUCGCGAAUGAAAUACCGGUUGGUUCGUGUCUAUCCACUGCAAAUAAAGGAAGAAACAUCA